CUGGCGGGCAAACGAACGUCAGUAACAAUCAAUAGCUUCCAGGAAGCUCUCAUCCUCUCCCAUCCCCCUCCCUGUCUUCUCUUCGAUGCAAUACUCUAUGGGUUCUGCAAUUAGCACCCGUUACUGAUUGUUCUACGACCUUUCAAUAUACCGCUAGCCUCCGGGCUCACCCUCGACCAUGGCCACCUUUCUCCGACGGCCAGGCAACCUUGCUCGAUACUCGAGGAGAGCUGCAGAGUGCUUGAACCGUUCGAGACCGCUAUCUGCGAACCUUUUACAAUCGCAACUCGCAUCAUUCAUCCGAGCGCGCCAGAUUCGAUCAUACGCGACGGCCAAUUCGGGCGGUCCGAAGCCUCCGAACGAGAAUGAAGACCACAAGAACGCGGCCAGCAGCUCAGAUGGCCAAUCGAAAGGGCCCGCGGGCUCUUCGCCCGGACCUUCGGGGGGAAACAACGGAGAUGGGAAGAAACCAGGUGAACCCCAGGUGAAGGUGAGCGAGGAGGAAGCAAAGGAGAUUGACCGCAUCAUCGACUUCAUGAAGGACAAGAUGCCUCCAUCCCAACAUCAGACGAUGGAGGACCUCCGGGUUAUCUUCAAGCAGGAUGGCAUGCCGCAGGAUCUCAAGGACAUAAUCGGAUCGCGUAUGGACUCGGACAAGCCAUUGAGUCUCGGGGAGUUCGCCGCUCUUGCCCGUAUAAUGACGAAGCAUUCGUUCGAAAUCGCAGGGAAACUCGAGAAAAUGAACCGGCAUAAGGAAAAGGGCGACGACGAAGCUACGGCGGCCAAGAAGGCAUCAGAAGAGCAACAGCAGGAUCAACAACAGCGACAACAGAAGGGAGGCAAGGACCAAAAGCCUCCGAACCCCCGCAUUUUCGAGUUCAAGUUUGACCCUGCCAACUUCUUGAUCACGGCUUUCCUGUCAUACUACGUCUACCGAAGUAUCUUCCCGGGUGAGAGCAGCCGGGAUAUCACUUGGCAGGAGUUCCGCACGACCUUCUUCGACAAGGGUCUUGUCGAGAAGCUUACAGUCAUCAACCGCAACCGAGUACGCGUUGAACUGAACCGCGAAGCUGUCCAGAGGCUCUACCCCGAUUCACCGGCGGCUCAACCGAACUUCCAUUACUAUUUCACCAUCGGCUCUGUAGAGGCAUUUGAGCGUAAGCUGGAAGAUGCACACAAUGAGCUUGGAAUCCCCAACCACGAACGGAUUCCUGUUGCCUAUGUUGAUGAAGUGCCGUGGCUUGCAACUGCAUUGUCAUUUGGACCCACGCUGCUUUUGAUCGGUUCUUUCUUCUGGCUCUCGAGGCGCGCCGCCGGCGGUGCAGGUGGACAGAGUGGGAUCUUUGGUAUCGGAAAGAGCCGUGCCAGACGCUUCAACCACGAGACGGAUAUCAAGAUCAAGUUUGCCGAUGUGGCGGGUAUGGACGAGGCCAAGGUUGAAAUCAUGGAGUUCGUUAGCUUCCUCAAACAGCCUGAGCGAUUCCAGAAACUUGGUGCGAAGAUCCCGCGUGGUGCUAUCCUGUCAGGUCCCCCUGGUACUGGUAAGACCUUGCUAGCAAAGGCAACUGCCGGAGAGUCCGGUGUUCCUUUCUUCAGCGUCAGUGGUUCUGAGUUCGUCGAGAUGUUCGUCGGUGUUGGUCCCUCGCGUGUCCGUGAUCUGUUCGCAAACGCAAGGAAAAACACCCCCUGUAUCAUCUUCAUUGAUGAGAUCGACGCUAUCGGUAAAUCCAGAGCCAAGCAAAGCUUCGGCGGCGGUAACGACGAGCGUGAGAGUACCCUGAAUCAGAUCCUUACCGAAAUGGACGGCUUCAACACUAGUGAUCAGGUCGUUGUCCUUGCUGGUACCAACAGACCCGAUGUGCUGGACAAGGCUUUGAUGCGACCUGGACGAUUCGACCGACAUAUCGCCAUUGACCGACCAACCAUGGACGGACGGAAGCAGAUCUUCCGUGUCCACUUGAAGAAGAUCGUCACGAAUGAGGAUAUGGAUUACUUGUGCGGUAGACUUGCGGCGUUGACCCCUGGUUUUGCUGGUGCUGAUAUCGCAAACUGUGUUAACGAGGCGGCUUUGGUUGCGGCACGUGAGGGUGCUGACCGUGUUGUCAUGAGGCACUUUGAACAGGCCAUUGAGCGUGUCAUUGGAGGUCUUGAGAAGAAGUCUCUGGUGCUUUCUCCCGAAGAGAAACGUACUGUUGCGUACCACGAAGCUGGACAUGCCAUCUGCGGUUGGUAUUUCCGCUGGGCCGACCCUCUCCUUAAGGUCUCUAUCAUCCCUCGUGGCCAGGGAGCUCUGGGUUAUGCCCAGUACCUACCCGCGGGAGGCGAUACUUACCUCAUGAAUGUCAAUCAGCUUAUGGACCGGAUGGCUAUGACGCUGGGUGGCCGUGUCAGUGAAGAACUUCACUUCCCCACCGUGACGAGCGGUGCCAGUGACGACUUCAACAAGGUCACCCGCAUGGCUACGGCAAUGGUCACCAAGUUCGGAAUGUCCAACAAGGUCGGUUACGUGUAUUACGAGGAAGACCAGAACCAGCUGCACAAGCCGUUCUCCGAGGAGACGGCGCGUAACAUUGAUGCCGAGGUCCGCCGCAUUGUCGACGAGGCCUACAAGCAGUGCCGUGAGCUCCUUACCGAGAAGAAGAAGGAGGUCGGUAUCGUCGCCGAGGAACUUCUGUCCAAGGAGGUCCUCAGCCGCGAUGACCUUGUUCGACUUCUCGGACCCCGUCCCUGGCCUGAAUCAGGCGAGUUCGCCAAGUACUUCGAUGCCAGCCAUGGACAGACGAUCGCGCCCCCGGAGCCACCAGCGUCUCGCGAAGAGACAGAAGGAAAGGACGGACGGGAUCAGACGCCCAACCCUAUCUAAAGCACGUAUACCAAUGUUUUUGUCCUGUACUUUCGCGGAGCAUCUCUCCUCAUCUUGACUUUUUCCAUUCGACACCCUGCCAUAAAUAUUGGAAGUCUACUAUCAUCUUCCUUUUGCUCCUCGAAUCUUGAACCCUCUCACACAGUACUGUAAAGUAGUCAUCCACCUAU